GAAAAUAUUAAAAAUCUUAAUUACCUUCUUAUCAAUACCGAUGAAAAUUCUCAAUUAAUUGAUAAUAUUGAGCGUAGUUCAAUUAUACUACAAAAUUUAGGACAAGCUCUUCCUUCUAAAAUGGAAUAUUUAUGUUUGUUUCUUUGCAUUAAAGCAAGUGAUUUGGAAGUAUUCUUAAGAAAUUCUCAAAAUACCUUCAUUAAAAAAUUGGUGAUAUAUAAUUAUAUAGAAUAUAGUGAUGAUAAUAAUAUUUUACCUUUUAUAAAAAAAUAUAUUAUGAAUGAGAAAAGAGUUGAAUAUUUAGCUAUUAUAGAUAAUUUCUUAAAAAAAGAUCCAAGAUAUAUCGUUGAAAGUGGAGAUUUGUCUCAUUUGAAAAAUGAAGUGGAAGAAUUUAAAUUACGUGAUAUUAAAGUUCGGUGUUAUAAUAAACUACUAAAUAGUAGUUAUUGGUUUAUAAAAGAUAUUGAUUAAUUAUUUAAUUAAUA